UGCGCAUGCGUACAAUGCGAAGAACAUCAUGGGUCACGUCUGACGUUGGAUCAACUAGAUACGUUGCUACAUUUAUAAACUAGCUAUAUAUUUUUUUUUUAUCACAGACAUGACACGUUAACUCUGCACUUUUCAUAUUUUGUACUGUUAGCUAGACAUAUUUGACUACAUUGUUUAGCGUCACCUGAAAGAAAGAAAUCAUGACUGCCAACGAGGAUCAAGAGAUGGAGUUAGAAGCCCUACGUUCGAUAUACGAGGGGGACGAGUGCUUCAAGGAAGUCAGCCCGGUUUCAUUUCAGUUUAGGAUAGGAGAACAGGACGACUCCAAAGCGUUCAUUCUGGAUAUUUCAUGGCCUGAGAUGUAUCCUGAAACGGCACCUGAAAUUUCUCUAGGUGGCUUUUUCAACAAAAAAAUAUCUUCAGAGACCAAGCAGCUGAUCAUCUCUGGGUUGGAGGAGCAGGUGGAGGCCAACCUGGGCACUGCCAUGAUGUACACCCUGUUCGAGUGGGCCAAAGACAACCAGGAAGCGCUGAUGGAGAACCACCAGGCCGUGGUCACUGCCGUGACACUGACAUCCAACAGUGACCUCAACGCCCCAGCCAAGAAGAAAGAGAAGAAGGAACAGCUGACCAAAUCACAGAAGAGGAAGAUCACAUGUAGAACUGAUAACAAGGGGGAGCUCCCCAGAGGCUGGGACUGGGUCGACGUCAUCAAGGUAUAUUCGUUCAGUCUGUUCACGGCAGUUGAUUUUGUGCUGACUAUUUUUGUUGUCCUGUCUGAUUUUUCAUAAACGACAGCUUUUUCAUAAGGCACCUUUGCUAUUGAUAGCACCUUUGCUAUUGAUAGCACCUUUGCUAUUGAUAGCACCUUUGCUAUUGAUAGCACCCUUGCUAUUGAUAGCACCCUUGUUGCCAAUAGCACCCUUGUUGCCAAUAGCACCCUUGUUGCCGCUAGCACCCGUGUUGCCGCUAGCACCAUUGUUCAUCAUUUUAAUUUCUGUCCUUUCUUGCAUCUUCAACUUGUUGAACAUGACACUCCAGCAUGUAAGUACAAUGGAAAAACUACAUAUUUCCCAAUAUACAUUAAAAAAACAUGCCCCAUCUGAGCUUACUGUGGUUUCUAAAUGCUUUUCUCUAUAUUAUCGUUUUUCAGUUGAGCAGAACAGGCGGUAAAGAGGAAGACUAGAAUGCCGUGGAGGAGGUGGAGAGGUCUCUGGUACUGCUUUUACCAGGAAGUGAAGUCUCCCGACCUCACUCAGACCACCUGACCUGGCCGCUGCUCCGUAGACUCCUUCCAGUCUGCCCCAAGACACCACACCCAAGAUGGCCGCUUUUUCGCUCCAAGGGAAGACGGGGUCCCUCUACACCUGAACACAAUCAAUAGUUGUCAAAGCUGUCGUUUUGAGAGGGCGUCACACAUACAGGUGGUUUAGUGUCAUAUCGGAAGGAGUUUAAAAUGUGGCUUUAUUUUUUAUGAACUGUUUUCAUUUGCUUGGAGGAGACCCCAAAUGUGUGACUCAUUUUGGUUUUAACGGUGGUGAUGACGGUGGAUUGCAGUGUGAGCUGCAUUGAAACAACGAAAGCUUGUACGGGUGUGUGCUAGUAUUUGUGCCGUCGGAAAAGGUCGAGGUGAGUGAAUGGUGACUGGGUGGCAGUGUCAUCUGUUUUCACUAGUACUGUAUGCUUGUCAAAGUGGAAUGAUUUGGACCUCUUGUUACCAUGAGCCAGACUUCCAUGUACUGUCAUCACUGCCAGGGAAUUGAAAAUCUGUCCACUUUGAGACCGGUUCAGUUGCUAGGCAUCAGAGCUGUAAAACGUGCUUUACCAGGACUGUCAACGUAUGGCUGUGUGACUUUAGGAUCCUCAGUGUAUCUGAUGUACAGUGGUGUGGAACAUAAACUCAACAUGUUAUGAAGGACACGACUGAAUAUGUGAUACUGUGUCCCUUUAAUUUAGAGAUGUGCUGGAGAAACAUUUUUUUUUUUUUUUAUAAAAAAUGAUUAUUACGA